UCGUAUUGCUUAUGAUAUGGCAUAAUGUUUUGUAAUUCGUUGAGAUUCAGCUCAGUAACUAAACAGUUCAAGACUUGACUAGAUCUUCGCUUAGUGUUUUGCAGAUCACGAAAACUUCCACACAUUUUACGGCAGUGAAGUAAAAACCACUAAAAUGGCAAAAUUUAUGUUCCUGUUGGCAUUGGCGGUAGUAUUUAUCGCAACGAUCGAAGCAAUAAACUUCGGUGAAUGUCCAUUAUCAUCGCAAAUGGCGUCAUGUACGCCAAAGUGUAUACAGGAUAGUGAAUGUUCGACUAUGGGUGGCAUUUGUUGCCCGAAUUUGUGUAACACAAAAUCGUGUGUUCGCCCAAAAGCCGGUUCACAAGGAUCCAGCAGUGGCGGUUACAAAGGAUCGGCCACUAAAACUGCUACCGGUGUAUACUGUGGCAACGUUAAAUGCAGCGCAUAUGAAAAAUGCGAUCUGGACAAGUCUACCAAGCGCCAGAAAUGCGUACGAACAUAAGGAACAAAACUGGAUCAACGAUGUGAUAUUCAUUCCAUUUAAUAGCACAAUUUAUAUUCAACAACAACAAUAACAAGCGUCGAAAUUGCGACUUUUUCAACACGAAGUGAAGCCAUCAAAAUAAUCGGUUUAAUUGGUCAACUUCAGAAUAAUUUACAACUACUCGAAAAUAAAAGUGUUUUGUUUCCUGUUCUUUUUUUGUGUGUCUUGCAUCAAAUUUGGUUUAAUUGAAUUAUUGAAUAAAUACGUAUAUUUUGGAUCACAUGCUCAAA